AUGGCCUUUCCGAGGGUUUUACUGGUGACGGCCCUUGCGUUGCUGGUCCGGGUGACCGCUCAGCAGGGGAAGGAUCCCCUGAAAGACUUCUGUAGGCGGUUUGGACAUCAGACGGCGGUGAUUGAUCGGAAAUUGUAUAUCGAUGGCGGAUUUGUUAACUACAACCCUCUCGACCAGAAUCCUGAGAAUUACACGAGUACAGUACCUAGACCUGUUCCCCUGCCGUCCGACAACCGCAUCCUCUAUGCCGACUUCGACGUCGACAACCAGGGCAUGCCCCAGGCCUACGCCAACCUCAGUAAACCCAGCAAAGUCCCUUCGGUGAACGGCGGCAUCCUGUGGCCCGACACGGUCAACAAACUCCUGUAUCUCUACGGCGGCGAAUUCGGCGACGACGCCAACUCGCCCGACAACUUCACGUUAUGGAUGUACGACGCCAUCUACAAUACCUGGAACGCGACCAGCGACGACGAGACGCAGAACGGGAUCAAGCGAGCCAGCUACGGCGCGGGCGUCGCGGUGCAGGACCGUGCCGUGGGCUACUACUACGGCGGAUGGCUGUCGAAUUAUUCGGUUCCGGAAUGGGGAGACUCGCCGGUCGCGCUGUCGCAUUUGCUGCAGUACGAUAUGCUGAAGAAUACGUGGACGAAUUCCUCGGGGCCGGAUUCUGUCGGUCGCGCGGAGGGUGUGAUGCUUUAUGUUCCGGCCAGUGAUACGGGCAUGUUGGUUUACUUCGGGGGGGUCACGACACCGUCGGAGAAUGGGACUGUCAGGGGACAGCCUAUGGAUGAGAUUCUGCUCUACGAUAUCGCCAAUAGCAAGUGGUAUACGCAAAAAGCGACCGGCCAAGUUCCCGAGCAGCGACGGCGGUUCUGUGCGGGCGUCACCUGGGCAGAGGAUCGCUCGUCGUAUAACAUCUACCUGUAUGGGGGACUAGGUGUUCCACAGGGUCUGGGGUUCGAUGAUAUCUACAUCCUGUCGAUCCCGUCGUUUCGAUGGAUAAAAUGGUACCCUCUCAGCCCUGGAAAGGGAUUUCCUCACCACUCGAUGUCGUGCGAUGUUGUCGACGGGACUCAGAUGAUUGUCAUGGGCGGCUCCUUCACCAACUCCACGUCCUGCGACGUCGCCCCGAUCUACGGCAUGCACAACAUGGAUCUGGGGAAGCAGAACGCGGUCAAGCAGAACUGGGCGAAGUUCAAUCCCAACCUGACGAGCUACAAGGUUCCGUCGGAAAUCAUCUCCGUGAUUGGAGGAUCUCCCACCGGCGGCGCCAGAGUCAAAACCCCCUCCGACGGCUUCGACGACCGCGAUCUCCAACCCUACUUCGAGCGCAGCUACACGCCCGCCACACGCUCACCCACCCGGCCCAUCCCCAGCGCCACGUCGCCCGCCGACUCGGACGGUUCGUCACGCCCCGUCGGCGCCAUCGUCGGCGGCGUAAUCGGCGGAGUCGCCGGCGCGCUCAUCAUCGCGGGUCUAGUAUGGUUCCUUCUGCGACGACAGCGCAAGAAGAAAGAAGCCGACGCGGCGACCACCACCACCUCUGCACCAGGCACCGCGGUCGCCUCCCCCGUGCAAGGCGCCCCAGUGCUUGGGAACGGGUUCUCGGACCCGAAACCCCCGCCGGAGCAUAACCUGUCGGAAAGUUUCGCCCCGCGACAGAUCCACGGCGAAGGACACAACCGGCAUCAGCGCACGGCGAGCGAGCUUGAUCCCGCCGGGUUGGUGGAGCUGUCGUCGCCGGAGGCGGAGGCCGUGGCUGCGUCCCGGGCGCAGUAUUCGGCGACGAGUACGUCGCCGGGGUCAGGAGGGGUGUCGUCGCCGGGGUCGUGGUGGAAGCCGGAUGGGAGUGGGAGCGAUGGGCUUGGGCUUGGGAAUGGGGUGCAGCGGUGA